CGUUGAGCUAUGAGCGAUGUCUCAUAAGCAGCGACGGCGAUGUGUCAUGGUUCGGGUUUCGGGCGUUGAUAAGCGUCAACUAAUGCUAUCGUUGGCAGACGAGACAUGGCCCCAUAGAGUUGCCUCUAAUCUCACGUACCUGCCCCCCCAGUUGUAGGCGUCCAAUUACAGUCGUUGUCGCCGUCGUCGUCGUCGUCGUCGUCGACGAUGCUGCUAACGGCUAACGGUCUUGCUAAAGAUCAAUGGAGCAUCAGUGCGAAAAUGGUUGACCCGCUGCCGACACGACUUUUUCUGAUCACACUGCUGAUGGCAGUUGGCUCCUGCCGUGGCACGCAGGCGGCAACAGAUGAGGCGGAUGCCAAGUGGAUGGCGCCGCUCAAGCAGUACGGAUGGAGUGCCAGUCAGCUGAAGAACAAAGUGGAGCAUGGCGACUUUACCACCUUUGAGCUGGGCACACCCAACUAUCAGAUACUCAAUCCGGAGGAUGAGCCCGAGUACAUUACGGCGGAUCAGCCGCACUACCAAGAGAUGCUGCGACGACUGACCAGCGCCCAGAGCGGUACGGAUACCAUCGAUGUGGCCAUGGCUGGCACCCAAACCAGAUUCAAGGACCCUGUAGAUGUGCCGCCGGCGCGUAAGCUUCAGCCUUUAAUCAGAAUCAGUCACUGGGAGAAGUUGAAGAAGCGCAGCUUCUACGAUGUCGAGGAAGACAAGGAUGCUGUGGAGGCCGAGCCCUUGGAUGAGCAGAGUUUGCAUCCAAAAAUACAAGUCUAUGCCGGCGCCAGACCCUUCCAAACUCGAGUGACCAAUCUGAGUUGAAGUUCUCUCCCUCUCACUUCCUCUUCUCUGAUAUUUAUUCUUUAUUUAUUCAUAAAUGUAAGUGUACAAAUUGAUGCAUGUUUAAAUGAAUAAAUUGCAGCUGGAAUUUA